ACGACACGAAAGCCUGUGACUUAAAAGAAACGUACUGGUUUGUUUCGCAGAGACAAGGUUUCUUGAUCGAAGCAGCGAUGAAGGACAGGCAGAGGCCGUUCUAUAAAAUAUUCAAUGGCCACCGGAUUCCAGGAGCGUUUUCGGAGGGGGCACUGGAAGGAUUUCUACGCUACCACCCGGCCGAUGACGACAUAUUCAUCAUGACCUUCCCAAAAUGUGGCACCCGCUGGACUCACAUGAUGCUCUCGAAAACUCUACAGGUCUGCCGACACUUGUCACCAAGACCGUUCAUCCUCGCCGAGCGAGAGGGCGUGGCCGCCAUUCUGGCAGCACCGAGGCCCCGAGUCGUCUGUGCUCACCUCCCUUUUCGUCUUACGCCCAGAAACGAGCGCACCAAGUACGUGUACGUGGUCAGGAACCCCAAGGACUGCUGCGUUUCGUUUUUCCAUCACACGAGAUCACAUGCCAGCUACGGGUUCGCGGACGGCACCUUCAAGGAGUUCUUCGAGAUCUUUCUCGAUGGCUUGACAGACUUCGGCAACUACUACGAGAACUUGAAGUCGUGGUACGCUCGCAAAGACGACCCGAAUGUCUUGUUCAUGACGUACGAGUCUAUGAAAUUCGACACCAGAGGUUCGGUCAUCAAGUUGGCAAGGUUUGUAGAUGAGCGGCUUGCCAUUGCGCUGGAAGAAGAUAACGACAAGAUGAUGUCUGUGUUGGAGGCGUGCAGCGUGGAAAGCAUGAGGAAAGGACUUCAGGGACACUUGAUAAGAAAAGGCGUGGUAGGCGAUUGGAAGAACUACUUUUCGCACGAGCAGUCGCGAAGGAUUGAAGGGAGAUUCAUGCUUGAAAUGAAGGGGACGGAUAUACCUGAUCUGUGGAGGGACGUUGACUGGAAACUUCCCGUACCGAACGGCGCCUCAGUGCUCUGACGAAUAUUUAUGGAAGCUUGCUGCUGGUAGAAGGCCACAAAGAAAAAAAAGAUUCUUGUCAUAGGAAUAACAAUUCAGAACUAUGCCUGUAACACAGACGCUUCAUGGCAGGUUUUACAACAUCGUACAUCGUAUGUGAUAUAGUAGUAUUGUACUGAGAACGCCUGACGGGUGAUAUGACACGGAUGUUUUGUACUCAUUCUAUAUGCAAGAAUUUAACCAAA